AUGGAUGGCCAUGGGCCUCUGGGACACGAGAUGUCCACGCUGGCCAUGCAGUGGCUACCUUUGUUGAUCCUUCGGGAGCCCCUGCUGGCCUCGGAGCCGGGACGUCUCGUGCCGUUGAACCCACAGACCGUCUUCUCAGCCAUCGAGGCGGCGUUCGAGAAGAUGGGGACUUUGAUGCAGAAGGCCUCCUCCUCGGGCUGGGGCCCCCGCAGCUACAGCGGCGCCACCUGCACCUUUGCGCUCGGCGCUCGGGGUUUGCUUCACACGGCGAACAUCGGCGAUUCCAGGUUAGUCCUGGGCACCUUGUCUUCGAGCAAGUCUGUGGACUAUCGCCUCCUCACCAGAGACCACAAGCCCGAGGACCCCGAUGAGCGUGUACGAAUCGAAGCACAGGGUGGUAUUGUCGCCCGCCAGCGCGUGUAUUUGGACGAAUGGCCUUAUGUGGGCCUCAACAUGUCCCGGUCUUUGGGAGAUGCCAAGCUCCACCAAGUGGGCGUCUCUGACGUGCCCGAUGUGAGUGCCUUGGGAUGA